AUGUCUUUCAAAAAUUUUGAUCCUGUGACCUGCAGGGGCUUUGCCAUCCAUGGAUAUCUAGGGUCCAUAUCCAUACUUGUAGAUCGCGCCGUGCCUAAACAUGCUUCCCUGACAUCAGAAGAGUUGACAAUGCGGUCACCACAACGUCUUCAUAACUGCCGCCAACCCCCUGAUUCCCGCGAUUCUAACUUGACUUCUUUAAAUUCAACACUCAACAAAUUUGUAGGGUGCCGGCAAAAGCCAUGGAUGUUAAACUCAACCUCCAAAACGAGCAUCGCCCCACCGUCGAAACUGUCAACUCCCUCUCCCGCACCUAACCAAAAACCCCAAGCCCCCUUCCAGCCUAGGGACAUUGAGAUGGAUAAUGAAAGACGUUCAACAUCAGAUACUGUCAAGCAGCCCAUUCCCAAUAAUACACAAGGCCAAAGUGGACCCGAUGCUCUCUCGUCGAAGGAGCUACCAAUCUCUCCUGUGUCCCCUGACAUCCCCUCCCGACCCGCUCCUGUAUCGGCCUCAGCAUCUCCUCAUAUCUCUAAUUCGUGCCCCACGCAGGCAUCUCAUAGCGUGUCUAUUGCCGAUCGCCAAUUCGGUGUGCUCCCAUCCCCAGAUUCGAACCAUGGAUGCUCCACAAGAGCUACCAGCGAGACGAGACCAAGUGACAACUUCAUUCCAGAGGGAGUUUCUCUUUCCCCACAUCAAUCAGGUCCCCCACAGCUGGUUGAGCGUGAACCGCAAACAAUAUCCCCGUCAUUUGCAUCCGCAGAUGACAUGGGACAUUCAUCAUUGCCCAUGUCACAAGCUGCCAGAGUUGCAAGGACAUCACAAAUCCCAGUAGCACAUCAGGGUGGACGCGCGCAGGUUUUGUCGUGCAAUUCAGCUAUGCCUCAACAAUAUCAGCCCCAGAAGGUGGUUCCAGCCAAUCCUCAGCUCGCGUCUGAUAUGACGAACAAAAGCCACGCCUCCUUGCUGAAGUUCUUGUUCGCUGAGCCCAUCUCCCCGAAAAGAUUCAUCCCUCUGCUUGAUCGGAUUUCGGCAGCACCAGGGUCUUGCGAGAAGAGCCGCAUACACCUUCUACGAAAUGCUUGUGAGAAAGGGGAUUUGUUCUACAUUGCCCUACAUCAGGUGUAUUGUCUGCAAACAACAUGCCCUAGUUCCUUAGAUCCCUCUAAAUUUGGAGCUUACCAAAUGGCAGGUCUGGAGCUGGUUUCGCGCAUUCUGAUACGGAAUGAGUGUCUCUCAAAGCCUUUUGUCGAAGCAUGCGCCAGAUUCCCUGCCUUAAUUGGAGAAUUUCUUCGAUAUUGCUCGAUUUGCUCUUCUGUUUUAGACCAGGUUAUACGCUUUCUAGAAGCCAUGGCACGUUCCUGGUUGCCGUUUGAAACGUCUAUUACUUCUCGAGGAUAUCCGCCACUUAUUGAUGAGAUGAUCGACAUUCUUGGCCUCACCACACCAACUUUUCAAUAUGUUAUAUUCACAGUAUGCUGUCGCCGUCUUACUGGAGCCACAGAUGACGUUCCUGUCAAAUUAUUUACCGCUACGUUCCGAAAAAACGAGGAAUAUUACCAACAGCGUCGCUUACGAAUGCACAGUGCAAAUCCUAUACCUCUGUCCCAGGUCCAAGCUGAGAACGAAUUCCUCAGACAACAAUAUCUCCGGAUAUCGGAGCAACAUGUUUUACCUAAGCGGGUAUUCCACGGAGCGAUUAUCCAUCAGGGGCCUCUAGAAAAUACGGGGGCUAAUUUUCGAAUAACGGACACUGGUGGUCCUCAGGUCCAAACUCAGGACCCUCUCACUCAGGAGCAACAACAACCUCCAAUACGGCGUGCUUAUCACCAAGACCCGUCCCCAUACCCUCCACUCGCAUCACACCCUACCCAGUACUCUCUCCAGCCAAAUCGACAAUAUGCUUCAAUGCCAGUUCCCAACAGAGUACAGAUGACUGUCCCCUCAUACACACGUGCACAUCCAGCACCCCCUGCGGGGUGGUCUAUGACCGCCCAACCUCUCCCGAACCAAGUUCCCCCAAAUUCGACCCGGUUUGUCCUGUCACAUAACAUGAAUACACAGUUGCGCAACGAUGUCUUUGUUCAUCCAUCCGCUCAGCUGUCUCAAACACAGCCCACUGCAGCGCAACCUUUAUAUCCCAAAACAAACAACUUACUUCUGCCUCCCCCCGGAAUUCUCCCCAUGGAAUCUGCUAACCCAAAUCCCCUUAUUGAUGGCCUCCACCAAGCUUAUCUGAAAGAGCAGAUCGUGGCGCUUCAUGACAAAGAAGGCAGUAAUGGUCCAACAUCAUUAUUCCCGUAUCUUCACAGCUUUGCUUUGUUUCCCAUUCAAUUGCAAGCGCCAAUCCGAAAACUGCAGUUCACAAUCCCGCCAGAGGAAUUCCAAAAAUUCCCUUUUCGACGAAAAACUGUGUCAAAGAAUGGUUCGCCCGUAUGGGGAGUUCUGGAUGGGCGUCGAACAUAUCAGAUACGGUGCAUAAAAACGAAUUCCCCCAUUCCAAAGCUCUCGGAGCAUCAAUGGGCUGUAUCGGACACUGCAUGGCCUACUGCUAUAUAUAUUCACGUUAACGGCAUGGAGCAUUUCGUUCGCCGGAAAAUGCAUUUUGGAAGGGAUAUACCGCUUAAUGUCACGAGUUCCCUCAAAGAAGGCAUGAAUGAGAUAUCGAUAGCUAUACUCUGGGGCUCCCCAGAGUACAACAGCAAAUCGUCUUAUGCCGUGGCUCUGGAAAUACUUGAAUACGCAUCGCUUAACCGUGUCCGCUCGCUCAUUCAGCAUCAAAAAUCCGCUACAUCUCUAGACCAAAUCAAGCAUCGGCUUGCAGGAUUAAAUACAGAUGAUGACGAUAUUUCUGUCGUUGAUGACCACAUAACGAUUGACCUAGUGGAUCCCUUUAUGGCGCGGGUCUUCGACACCCCCGCCCGGACCAAGUUUUGCCCACAUAUGGAAUGUUUUGACAUUGAAACAUUUCUAAUGACGCGCCUGUCUAAAGCAUCGAAAGGAUACGGCAUGGCAGAGGAUUGGAAGUGUCCUAUCUGCGGCAACGAUGCCCGCCCCCAGUCCCUGAUCAUUGACGAUUUCCUAGUUACGGUCCGGCGUACACUCGACGAAGGCAAGCAAUUAGAUGUAAAAGCGAUACUCGUGCGCCCGGAUGGAUCCUGGGAACCCAAGACAGAAAGGAAUAAUAACAAUAAUAAUAAUAACAGGCCAAGCGAACCGGGCAUGUUGAAACGGAAACGGGAAGAUGGCUUGAGUAUCACCUCCCCAAAUAAUCAUGGCCAGCAACAACUCUACCCUGACAGACCUUCAAAGCAAUCCUCCACCCCUGAAGUUAUUGAGCUCGAUUAA